AUCGCUUCGCUUACUCUCUGCUGUCCACCGACAACGAUGAAGAAUUCCGGGCUCCAGACCCCGAGGCGAACUCCGCGGCCGGCGAUCCACGGCGGAGGACGUCCGAAGGAAACCCCUCCACUGCUUCCGAAGGUCGUCUCCAGACGCUUGAGCUUACCCUUCUCGACGGUCUCGGAGGAAACCCUCGACGACUGCGGCGAUUUGUUGGAUUUUCCCCCUGAGGCGAACAGCAUCGUCGAGGAUCCGACAGAUAUUUCUGAUCCCUUGCCGAUCGAAUCGGAGGAGGAAGGAUCUCACGGAUCCUCCAAUACCAUUGUGAGGACUGUGGCGGAGCAGGAGAUUCGACCGGAGGAGUUGGUGGAUCGACUGCGGAAGGAUCUGCGCGAACUGAUGGAGUCGACGGACGUCAAGGGCAGAUCGGAGACGCUUCUGUGCGCUCUGCUGGAGGCGAUCGAAAGCACGAGGUGCGAGGAAGAUCCGCGGUGGGAUUCAGUGAAGGUAAGUAUAGGCAUCGUAUGUUUCCUUGUUCUGCUGGUGGCCGCGAUCGACUUGUUGGUUGUUUGGGAGGCGGUGAUCGCUCGCCGAGAUUUCUCCAGCCUUCCUCCACCUACCUGAAAUCAACUGCGUCCCAAUCACUAUACUCUUUCUCUCUUGCAGACAUAUGCAUUUUUCCUUUUGUUUUUUCAGUUUUUCCACUAUCAUUCACAGAGAUUCUGUUAUUGGACUUCGAUAUCGAAUUGUCCUUUUAGUUACUCCUUUAAUCUUGUUAUUUUACUUUCGUUAUUUUCAUUACUGCUAUUAAGAUUACUUCUAUAAACACUUUAUUAUUGUUAUUUUUACAUUCUAAUUUUUA